GAGUUCCGAGAAAAAAUGGCAAACCCCAGAAUUCUUAUGUCCGAAUCCAUUUACAUUUUCAUAAUGGUCAUCCAUGACAUCACAUUCAAUCAAAUUGUCCAUCUAGAUGCAAAAAAUUGGUCAAGGGAAAUAACCACCUGUCCUUCUAGAUGCAAGAAAUCCUCCUAUAAUUACACGGGAAAUUCAAUCUGAUUUUGUAAUCUGGAUCAUAGCACAUUCACAGUUUUCGACAGUACUGGCUAAAGAUUUGCAGGUUUUAUAAAUUAUGAGCAUAUUUAAAGGAUUAUCUUCUCCAUCUCUUAGAUGUGUAGCAGGAUCUGAAUUAAGAUUUGGGAAUUUAUUUUGCAGGAAGAUUUACAACACAAGCCUAAAAACAGACAUGGCAGCACUUGAUGUAAUUCCUCCAGUUCUUGAUUCAAAAUCAGAGCCCCCUACAUUGUUUGAUGGAACCACAAGACUCUAUAUCAGUUUGACGUGUCCUUUCGCCCAGCGUGCUUGGGUUGCCAGAAAUUACAAGGGUUUGUAUGAUAUUCAGCUCGUCGCAAUAGAUCUGCAGGACAAGCCUGCUUGGUACAAGGAAAAAGUUUAUCCUCCUGGUUCGGUUCCGUCUCUUGAGCACAAUGGCAAAGUCACAGGAGAGAGUUUGGAUUUGCUUGAGUACAUUGAAAACAAUUUUGAAGGACCCAAACUCGCCCCAACGGAGGCUGAGAAAAAGGAGGCUGCAAAUGAACUACUCGAAUAUUCAGGAACUUUCCAAAAAACCACCUUCAUGGCAUUGAUCAAACCAGAAACCGAGGUAGCAGAAGCGACAGCGCCUACUCUUGACUAUUUGGAAAAUGCUCUGGGAAAAUUUUCUGAUGGGCCAUUCUUUUUGGGCGAAUUUGGUGUGGUGGACAUUGCAUAUGCUGGUCUGUUUGAAAGAUUUCAGAUUGUAUAUCCUGCCCUAAAGAACUACGACAUCACAAUUGGCCGACCGAACCUAUUGAAAUGGAUUCAGGAAGUGAACAAGAUUGAUGCAUAUACAAAAACAAAACCUAAACCUGAGGAAGUCGUAGAAACAUACAAGAUGAUACUGGCUCGAUUUCAGAAAUAAAUGGAGAUUGAGGGUUACCAGUAUUGGAUAGGAAAUUCCCUGAUACAUUUGAUUCAGAGUAGAUGCGGAAAGAUUGGGCGUUCGAUAAUAAAGCUGCUCUCAUGUUCAUCAUGUGGUGAAUUAUAAGACCGUAGUCUACAACGCUGGCAAUUUAAAAAUAUAUGUGUUUAUUGUGGUUACAAAUGUUUCUUAUAUUCACAUCUGUAAUGAACUUUAAGAUGGACUUUU